GACCUGCAUAAUAUAGAAAUUUAGCUAUUUUUCUUUCGGUUUAUUUCUUCGAGCAAUAUUUUGUUUCUGUGAUUAUGGCUACUGGGCAAGCACCACGCAACCCCAUUCCAGCUAUGAGAACAUACCCGCCGGUGGAGCAUCCAGUGGUGGUAAUAGGGCCACAGUACCUGGCACAGUACCCUGUUGAGCUCGCCGUCAACGAUUUUAAGGUGUCUGACAUUAAGGGCACCCUCAUCUUCAAGGUCACGUUUAAACUAUCAAGCAUUAAUCGUCUUUUUCUGAAAGAUGCAGCCGGAAACACCCUUGUCAAUCUCAGGAAGAAGACAAUGACCAUGCAUGGGAGGUGGGAGGCUUUUACCGGAGAAAGCAAGGAGGAGAAUGAUUUGCUUUUCACAGCCAAGGAAUCCAAGACUGGGGUAGACGUAUUCUUGGGUAAUAACAAAGGAGAGGUCCCUGAUUUCAAGGUCAAAGAAGGCUACAGCAAGAGUUCCCGCUCUAUACUUCUUCGAGAUUCCAAUACCAUGAUUGCACAGGUGCAUGGACGAGACACUCUCGCCAUUAUGCCUAAUGUUGAUUAUGCCUUCAUAGUGGCUCUUCUGGUGGUGAUUCUGAAGGGGAUCAAUCCGGAUGAUCAUAGGGAAGGCGCGGCCCUUAAAGGCAUUAACGGUGUUAUCGCGUAAAAAUCAAACUCCAUCGGCAAAAGCCACAGACAAAAACUAUUUGUCAGCAUUUAGAUCGUCGGUAAUUUUAUUUUAUUUUUCACUAAUUCUGUCUCUAAUUCUAUUGUAAAAAAAAUAAUAAACACCGAAAAUAAUAUAAACAAAAGAAGUGUGUUAAAAAAGUUUCUACUAGAAAUAUACAAAUAUACAGACAGAAUAAUUCAAUUUGUA